AUGAAUUGUCUGUUUCAGAAACGUACAGAUAUCACGGGAUUUCUCUGUUCGAUGUUUUACAUCUGUGCAGCUGUUAAUGGCGAUUGUGAUACAAAAAAGUUGAUAAAGGAGCAACUUGGAACUUUGGAAAAAUGUGUUAACAAGAUGGUAGAUGAGAGCUCCUGCUCAAAGACGAAGACGCCUGCAGCAUUCCACGCUGAAAUUAGUUCUGACAGAACUUACAAAGGCGGUUCAGUCUGGGUCUUUGACAAUGUUGUCACCAACGUAGGGAACGCGUACAAUCCAAAGACGGGGCAGUUCACCACUCCAAGGAAAGGAGUCUAUCUGUUCAACUGGUACACUCUCAGUAACCCUGGCAAAACAUCGCAUGCAGGGUUAUACGUAAAUGGGAAAAUAAAAGGGAGACAGGCAGCAAACAACAAAGACCCUGGAGAGAAGUGGUAUACAGCUGGUAGCAGCCUCGUCCUGGCGCUAGAGAAGGGAGAUGUAGUGGACAUCAUGGAUGCUUACGGGAGGACAUCAGACGUGAGAGGAUCGUGGUCAGCCUUUGGUGGUGCACAACUUAGUUAAACAACAGGAAAAUGGAUUCUUUGAAUCAUUAGAAAUAUUAAAAUCCUAUAAUAAAGGUUUAUCUAAAGUA